AUGGGAGGGAAGGCGCCUCGCAAGCAGCUGGCCACCAAGGUGGCCCACAAGAGCACGCCAGCUACGGGUGGCGUGAAGAAGCCGCACCAUUACCGGCCCAGCACGGUGGCACUACUCGAGAUCUUCCAGCUGCAGUUCCACUGGCUGGUGAGCGAGAUCAUGCAGGACUUCAAGACCAACCUGUGCUCCCAGAGCUCAGCCAUCAUGGCACAGCAGGAGGCGUGA